CUCUGACCAAACAGUGAUUUCAAACCAGUCUUUGCAGUCGCGGACGCCUGUAGCAUCAAAUCCACCGAGUAAGACGAAAUUAAGCCAUGUCAGCAAAUUUGUUCUCCCGUCUGGAUCCGUUUGACUGUCAGAAGGGUGAUUUCGAUUACUACUUGGAGCAGUUUGAUAACUUCCUGAAUUUGAACUCGGUAAACGAUGAUGCCAAAAAGGUGCCUCUGUUCAUCUCCAGCAUCGGCCAGGACACGUACAAAAUAUUGAAGGAGAUCUGCGCUCCUUCGGACCCGAAAGAGAAAUCUUUCGACCAGAUGAAGACCAUGCUUUUGGAGUAUUUUGCUCGGCGAGAGUUCUAUCGGCGCAAUCAACGACCUGGCGAAUAUACCGGAGUCUACGUGAACGAACUUAAGCGAUUGUCUAUCAAGUGCAACUUUGGAGCUUUCACGCAUGACGCAUUGCGGGACAGAAUCGCGUGUGGAAAGCUUCCGGAUGAUAAGACUUCGAAUCCGACCACAGUUCCAACCACGUCAAAAGGGCAGUCCCAUCCUAAGCCGAGUGUUCCUCAGAUGGUUCAAGUGGCGGCGCAAAAACAAGCAAAAGUUAAAAAAGCAACUAUCGAAUCAAACUCCGCCGUGGUCAAUCCAGGAAACGUUCAGAAGCAACCGAAGGAACCAAAAGCGCAGACGAGUGGCGGUCAGCAGAAGCAGCUCAAGUGCAAAAUUUGUGGACACGAUCACAAGGAAGCGAAUUGCGCACACAAAGAUGCAACGUGCUUCAUGUGCCGCAAGAAGGGCCACAUUGCGUCGGUGUGCCGGGAAAAGGCCAACAAAAACCAACAACAGCAGCAGCCGGUCCAGGUUCACGUACACGUUCAACAAAAUACCGGUGUGAAGAACUGAUAUAAGGAUGAUUUCGAAGUUUUUGUUUGUGUCACAAGUUUUUUAAACAUUAGUAUGGUUAUUAGGGUUUACUGAGAUGGAAAUAAAAUUUAUAGAAGUA